AUGUGCAACGAUGACUUAACUGCAGGGGCGCAGCGCGUGGCCCUCGACGGCCCAACAGAAAUCUGGCUGGUGGGGAACGAGCAGUCGGCCGCCGCGGCGCCGCCAGACAUGGCGCUGCUGCCGGCGGGUGACCUGGCGAAGAGCUACGCGCACUGGGUGGACCGCGCUACAAUAGCCUGGCGCGUGCCGCCGACAGAGGGCGCGGGCGGGCCCGAGCGCCAGUUCCACCUGCACUUCAGCCCGGAUGCCUCCCUGCGUGUCACAGCCGGUGGCGUGGAGGGCGCGGAGACCACCCUGCCGCUGCGCGUGGCGGGCAGCAACAUACCCGCGGCCGUGGCGGCGCGGUUCCCCCACCUCCACGGCUGCACCCACCUGGAAAUCCCCGAGGAGCACCUUGAGCAGGUAUCCGCGCUGCUUCAAGGCCAGGUGGCGGUGUCGGUCGCCGCGCCCGACGGCGCGGCGCUGGACGCGUGCAGCGUGCAGCUGGCCGGCGCUAUCGACGACCUCUUUGCCACAGUUCUUCUGCAAAGUUGA